GUACAUCUGGAGGGAGAGCAAAGGACUAAACAGGACGCAGUGGGGUAAACCGCAUCAUUUGAUAGCGGCGACAGUUCCCAAGGAUACACUAGGAGAGAUGGAUAGUGGAAAGUUUCCUGAUUCAUUUGCAUGGGGAGCAGCAACAGCAGCCUAUCAAAUUGAAGGAGGAUGGGAUGCAGAUGGGAAAGGCCCCAAUGUCUGGGAUACAUUCACCCAUCAGGGAGGAGACCGCGUUUAUAAGAACCAGACUGGAGAUGUUGCUUGUGGCAGCUACACUCUGUGGGAGGAAGAUUUGAAAUGCAUCAAACAGCUUGGAUUGACUCAUUACCGCUUCUCUCUUUCCUGGUCACGUCUGUUACCUGAUGGGACGACAGGUUUUAUCAACCAGAAAGGAAUCAACUAUUAUAACAAGCUAAUUGACAGCCUGUUGGAGAUGAGUGUCACUCCACUGGUGACACUAUACCACUUUGACCUGCCUCAACCAGUAGAAGACCAAGGGGGCUGGCUUUCAGAGAAGACUGUGGAAAUAUUUGAACAGUAUGCUGAAUUUUGCUAUGCCACCUUUGGUGACAGAAUUAAACAUUGGAUUACCAUUAAUGAGCCAUAUUUUGCUUCCAGACUGUCCUAUGAAUCAGGCAUAUUUCCACCAGGGAAGGAAUUAAUUGGCACUGGAGCUUAUAGGGCAGCACACAACAUGAUUAAAGCCCAUGCCAAAGCCUGGCACAUAUAUAACACAUCUUUUAAAAAUAAACAACAAGGGCGUGUAUCCAUAGCUCUAGAUUCUGACUGGGCAGAGCCUUUAGACCCAAAUUCUUUGGCCGAUAAAGAAGGUACCGAGCGAUAUAUGCAUUUUCGCCUUCAUUGGUUUGCAAACCCAAUCUUCAUUGAUGGAGAUUAUCCAGAAAUCAUGAAAUCAAUAAUCUCUCAAAAAAGCAAGGAAGAAGGUUUGACAUGUUCUAGGCUUCCUGAGUUUACAGAGGAAGAAAAAGCCAUGAUUAAAGGCACUGCUGAUUUCUUUUGUUUAAACUAUUACACUACACGAAAAGUAAAAACAUUGUCAAGUGAAACAUUGCCAAGUAAACGAUAUGGUAAUUCUGACAUGGGAGCAGAAGGCAUCACAGAACCAAACUGGCCAAUAGCUGGAGUUGAGUGGCUGGCCGUAGUGCCAUGGGGCAUCCGUAAACUGUUGGCAUACAUAAAGCACUGUUUUGGAAACCCAGAAAUUUUCAUCACUGAAAAUGGAUUUGCUCAGACAGAUCCUCCUGCUCUCCAGGAUGUCCAUAGAUGGGGAUAUUUUCAGGAAACAUUGAUGGAAGUUCUAAAAGCCAUCAAACAGGAUGGGGUGAAUGUGAAAGGUUACUUCGCUUGGUCCCUUCUUGACAACUUUGAGUGGAGUUUUGGCUACAGUGUCCGGUUUGGAUUGUUCCAUGUGGAUUUCGAGCAGGCGAACCUUCCAAGAACGCCGUACUAUUCAGCAAAUGAGUAUGCCAAAGUUGUAAAAGGAAAUGAACUGAUUUAUAAGUAGAAAGAGUGCCAGCUUACUGCAACUGCUAAUUUGUUUUCCUAUGUGACACAGAUGAUGCAAUUUUGUGAUGUAUCUUAUAAAGAAAAUUACAUU